AUGUCAUCAGCCGACCUUCUCGAGCUCGACUUCUUCGCCGAUAUCCGGAUAGCUGACCAGACGCCUGUUCCAGAGCCCCCAAGCGAAGAGCCCAAGGCCUCUGUUCCGGCUGUUCCCGAGAAAGAUGUCACCGAAAAAGACAAUGUCUCCUCGGAUGAAUCCAAUGACGACGACCAGGAGAGCUCUAACCCUGUGGGUCCUUCAGAGCAACGGAUACUUCAGAAUGCGAAAUUUGAGGCGCUUCUCGCCCAACGUGCCGAUUCAGGACCGAGCGAUAACACCAGAUCCGUGCCAUCGGACCUUCCUGAUGCCCAGCUUUCGAUUGCCCACUUGGUAGCCAAGAAAGAUCUCGGGGCUGGCACGCUGGACCCAAGGGAGUACCAAGUGGAGCUGUUUGAACGAGCGAAAUCCCAGAAUACGAUUGCUGUGCUUGAUACUGGAUCGGGAAAGACACUUAUAGCAGUGCUCUUGCUGAAGGAUAUUAUCCAAAAAGAGCUGAACGAUCGGGCCGAGGAGAAGCCACAUCGUAUAUCCUUCUUUUUGGUGGACAGCGUCACAUUGGCAUACCAACAGGCCGCCGUCUUGCGCAAUAACCUGGAUCAGAAUGUUGGGCACUUUUUUGGAGCCAUGGGGACAGAUUUGUGGAGCAAAGAAGUUUGGGAUGAACAUUUCGAAAAGAAUAUGGUUAUUGUUUGCACGGCGGAGAUCUUGAACCAAUGCCUGCUCAACUCUUAUAUCAAGAUGAGCCAGAUCAACCUUUUGGUCUUCGACGAGGCCCACCAUACGAAGAAGGAUCAUCCUUAUGCAAGAAUCGUACGGGACUCCUAUCUCGAAGAAGUCCCUUCAAAGCGUCCGAGGAUCUUUGGUAUGACGGCGUCACCGAUUGAUACAAAAGGCGACAUAAUAGAAGCAGCGACAAAGCUGGAAACGUUGCUAGACAGUACGAUUGCUACGACAUCCAACCUGACCCUUCUACGCCAGGUAGUUAAACGCCCGGUGGAAAGAGUAUGGACGUACGGCAAGCUGGAACAACCGUUCGGAACCACGCUAUACAAGAUCCUUGAAGAUCGAUUUGGUGAUAUGCCAUGUCUGGAGGGCAUAUUCAGAUUUGCCUGGCUCGCCACCUCUGAGCUAGGCAGAUGGUGCUCAGAUCGAGCAUGGGCGCGUGCAUUGGCAGACGAUGUAUUGCCAAAGUUGGAGGGAAAUGUCAGCAAGACGACAGAUACCCCGACGUCGACCCAAGUACCGGAGAGCGCAUACAAGGAGAUCCUGCGAAUCAAAGAGGCUAGUGAAAUUGUGAAGGGCCAUUCGUUCGACAGCCCUGAUGCUCCGGCACAACUGAGCUCCAAGGUGCAAGUCCUUCGUGAAGAACUUUCACGGUUCUUUCGAAGCCCGACGGAAACAAAAUGCAUUGUCUUUACACAGAAGCGUUACACUGCGUUGAUUCUUUCGGAGCUCUUUACGGCUCUGGAGAUGCCCUUUCUUCGACCCGGCGUGCUUAUUGGCGUUAGAUCUAGCGACCUCGCGGGGAUGAACGUAACCUUUCGUCAACAGUUUCUUUCUCUAGUGAGAUUCAGAAGUGGUGAGAUAAAUUGCUUGUUUGCUACUUCUGUGGCUGAAGAGGGCCUUGAUAUUCCGGACUGCAACUUAGUUAUAAGGUUUGAUUUAUAUCAUACCCUUAUCCAGUAUGUUCAAAGUCGUGGCCGUGCAAGACAUUUCGAGUCUACGUACGCGAGCAUGAUCGAAAGGCACAACCUUGACCACGAAGAAAGACUCCGCGAAGUCCGAGAGGCUGAAAAAAUGAUGCAAAACUUUUGCAGGACCCUACCCGAAGACAGGCUACUUCACGGGAAUGACCACGAUCUAGAAGCAGUUUUGCAGGAAAAAGAAGGCAACAGGUCUUUCACUAUCAAUGCCACAGGUGCCAAGCUAACAUAUCACUCCGCCACUGCUAUUCUUGCUCGAUAUGCGAGUUCUUUGCAAUACGAAAAAGAAUAUCUGGCGCAGGUCAACUACGUAGUGCUUCCAUCCAACAAUGCAUUCAUUUGUGAGGUCAUUCUGCCAGAGAAGUCGCCCAUUCGAGGGAUCACCGGGAGUCCAGCGAUGAGGAAGUCCCUCGCUAAACGAUCCGCGGCAUUUGAUACCUGUCUCUUGCUUCGAAAGAACAAGCUACUUGAUGACUAUUUCAGUUCGAUCUACCAUCGGCGCCUGCCAGCCAUGAGAAAUGCAAAGCUUGCCAUUACCUCCAAGCGUACAACCCAGUAUGAUAUGAUAUCGAAGCCAUUGUUGUGGGGCAGAAACCGAGGCCUUCUUCCGGAUAAGCUCUAUGGCACUAUGAUCACUUUUCAGCCUUCAGGGCCGCUCUCCCGGGACCCCGGACGAUUGAUGCUGCUGACACGAGAGAAACUACCUGAGCUUCCAGGAUUUCCCAUCUUUCUCGAAGAUGACAUAGAGACUACGAUUCUUACAACACCGCUGGAGGAAGAGUUUACUCUAUCGGCUGAAGAACUAGACUGCCUAACAACCUUCACCCUUCGGGUCUUCCGUGACGUCUUUCAUAAGACAUAUGAUCGAGAACCUGAAAAGAUGGCAUACUGGCUGGCUCCAGCAAAGAUGCACAAUUCAUCGAGUACAAAUAGAAGCCCAAAGCAGUUACUGGACCAUGAAACGCUGCAUUUCGUGCGCGAUAACGACGUUAUACCCUUCUCCAAGGACGCGUCCGCAGAGAGCCUAGUCGAUCGCUUCGUGUACGAUGCUUGGGAUGGCAGAUGCCGAUUUUUCACCGUGGGAGUUGAGAAGACGCUACUUCCCUCCAGCCCACCACCCCCAUUUGUGCCCCGGCGCAGGUUCAUGAAUGAUAUUAUGAAUUACUGUUCAAGUCUGUCUAAGAAUUCGAGAGCCAAGUUCAUGGCGGGAUGCCACUGGGAGCAGCCGGUCCUGAGGGCAGAGGUAGUACGCCUUCGUAGAAAUCUACUGGACAAGAUGACGGAGAACGAAAGGGAAGUGGAAACGAGGUGCUUCAUAUGUGUAGAGCCCUUGAAAAUAUCGGCGAUUCCUGCGUCGACUGCCUUUUCUUGUCUCGCCUUCCCGGCUAUUAUCUCUCGAAUAGAUGCCUACCUGAUUUCUCUAGAAGCCUGCGAUGAGCUGGAGCUAGUCAUUAAGCCAGAGUUUGCACUUGAGGCAUUCACCAAAGACUCUGACAAUACAGAAGAGCACCGCGUCCAGCAGAUUCACAUUCAGCGAGGAAUGGGAAAGAACUAUGAGCGUCUCGAGUUCUUGGGUGACUGUUUUCUCAAAAUGGCUACGUCGAUUGCCCUCUUUACGCAGAAUCCGGAGGACGACGAGUUCGACUACCAUGUAAACCGGAUGUGUCUUAUUUGUAACAAGAACCUUUUCAACACGGCCGUUAAAAGGGAGCUUUAUAAGUAUAUUCGAAGUAGGGGGUUCUCGAGGCAUACAUGGUAUCCGGAUGGCCUCAGCCUAUUACAGGGUAAGGAUCAUAGCAGAAAGGUAUCUACGGAGGCAAAACAUGCGCUUGCAGAGAAAACGAUUGCGGAUGUCUGCGAAGCCAUAAUAGGGGCGUCCUUGCUUUCCGGUGGCACUGGCCAUCGGUUCGACAUGGCUGUCAAAGCCGUCAGCGCUCUAGUGGACAGUACGAGCCACCAAGCCUCAUCUUGGAGGGAGUAUCUUUUACUUUAUACCAUACCGAGAUAUCAAGCUCAGGCCUCGGAUGGAUCUGAACGUGAUCUCUGUCAGAAGGUCGAGGAGAAGCUAAACUACCAAUUUACGUACCCCAGGCUUCUACGUUCAGCGUUCACCCAUCCCUCACUCCCCUCUGCCUGGGCUAAAGUGCCCUGCUAUCAGCGUCUGGAGUUUCUUGGAGACUCCUUGCUUGAUAUGGUCUGCGUAGAAGAUCUGUUUUACCGAUUCCCGGACCGAGACCCCCAAUGGCUCACGGAACACAAAAUGGCAAUGGUGUCUAACAAAUACCUUGGUGCAUUGGCCGUCAAGUUGGGGCUUCAUACGCACCUGAAGUACUUCAGCGGCCCAUUGCAGUCGCAGAUCACCUACUACGCGGAGGAGAUACAGACCGCAGAAAGUGAAAGCGAAGGUGCGGUGGACUAUUGGACCGUGACCAAGGAUCCCCCCAAGUGCCUGCCGGACAUGGUUGAAGCAUAUCUCGGAGCCAUUUUCGUCGAUUCGAACUUCAAUUUCGAGGUAGUGGAGGAGUUCUUCCGGCAACACAUCAAGCCCUUCUUCACUGACAUGGCGAUUUACGACACGUUCGCGAACAAACACCCAACUACUUUCCUGCACAACCGGUUGACUAACGAAUACGGCUGCAUGAACUAUUGCCUGAAAGCCGGUGAGAUGCCUGCGAUCGAUGGCGCCCCAGCCGAAGUGCUGGCCGCCGUUAUAGUGCACGACGCUGUCAUUGCCGAAGGGACGGCAUCGUCCAGUCGCUACGCCAAGGUGAAGGCAAGUGAGAAGGCGUUGACCGUGCUGGACGAUAUCACCCUGGCGGAGUUCCGGAAGACGUACCAUUGCGACUGUCGAGAGCCCAACAAUGAAACGCGCCUGGAUAUUGGGACUGCCAUUUGAACGUUGAAGGCAAUAAAGGUCGAACGAGACGAAUGCAGCAUAUCUAGUAGAGAGAGUGGGCCGAGGAAUGGCGGGGGACCCCCUGUAAUUAACAAUGGAUGAAAUGUGAUACCGGUGCACGUGGACGGGAGAUAGUUGAUUCCAUGGAAUAGAUCAUGAAUGGUUGACCGAGAGAUCGGCUGAUUCUCUGUCUCUAGCUGCC